UACUCCAUCGAAGACGUUGGAUUGGGUUCCUUGUGAUGGGUGGCCUCCUUUUCAGUGUGCUAUGCUUGAUGUAAGUUGCAAAGUUCCCUUGGCUUCGAAUUCUUCUUUGAAUGAUCGCAUUGCAGCCUUCAUUUUGUGCUCUCUUUGCAACUACCCCCUUGCAUAAAGUCAUCGCUGACACUUUUCUCAUUAGGUUCCUCUGGACUAUCAAAAUCAGACUUCGGAUGCCCCUCGAGCGUAUAUCGCAUUAAUGAAAUAUCCCGCUACCGACCCAAAAGACUACAAGGGCAUGAUUUUACUCAACCCCGGGGGGCCAGGUGGCUCUGGUGUGCAGUUUGCAGCGACUAUGGGCCCAAUUUGGUCCGAUGCUACUGAAACAAUUGGACCGAUCGGACCAAAUUUCGAUAUCAUCGGAUUCGAUCCACGAGGCGUCGGCUUCAGCAUUCCAUCAGCAAAUUGUACCUACAGCUUAGAUUUACCAAUUGGGAAAAGAUUCGAUCAACCAAACGGCCCCAUUCUCGACAUGGAAGGGUUUGCACGGGAACUGCCAGAAAUUGAAAAGUUGUUACGUUCUGCCAAAUUAUGCGAGAAGGCUAUUGGUGGUUCAGAUGGAGCCGGUCAAUACAUGAGUACGGCCACUGUCGCGCGUGAUAUAGUUUCUAUUACAGAUGCCUUUGCAGCUACCUCUGAUGGGCAGAAAGUCAAAAAUCCCAAGCUGACUAAUUACCUGGGAAUUAGUUACGGAUCAUUCCUUGGCCAGACUUUUGCUUCUAUGUUUCCUGAACGCGUUGGACGGUUCCUUCUGUCUGGCGUCGUUGACCCAGACGAUAUUGUUACUGGAUUACCCAUGCGCCACUUGCAAAGCCUGGAUGAAACCUUUGCUGGAUUCUUUGUAUACUGCAGUCUUGCCGAAGAUGGGCGAUGCGAUUACGCAAGGGGGGACAGUCCCAGAGAUAUUUUUCUUAGGUUUGAAAAUAUUCUUGCUCGUCUCGAUAUCAAUAAAGCUCGUGCAAACAAAUGGAAAAAUGUGACGCUUAUCGAGGAAGUUCUAUAUACAAUGAAAAAGACCAUUUUCGAUGCUGCCUAUCUCCCGAGAGAAAUGUUUCCAAAAGUUGCAGAAGGACUUUUGUCGUUGGAAAAGGCCAUGAACAACCGCACUCCUUUUGAAGAAUUGGAGGAUUAUCGGAACCGAUUAGUAGCAUUCAAGUUUCCCCAAGAGUGGUACAACGGCAACAUGUGUUCAGACCAGAACGGAAUAAUGAGAAAUGUCACCGUACAAGAAAUCUGGCCCUUGGUGAGCACCUUACAACAUCAGAGUUAUAUUGGGGGUGACGUCUACCUUGCGAACUGGUUCGCAUGCUUGGGAUGGAGCAUCGUUCCGAAGGAGGUUUAUCAAGGUACAUUCAUACUCCCAGGUUGCGUAGGUAAUCAUUUCUAAUUACUAUUUUCCCUUUCUAGGACCUUUUGGCGGGCCUACAGAAACCCCGAUUCUGUUUGUAGGGAACAGUUGGGAUCCAGUAACUCCUAUCUAUAAUGCGCUUAAGGGAGGGAAUAUCUUCACCCAGGCCGGGGUGUUAACUGUCAACGAACCAGGUGUAAGCAACCAUUUCUAUUCAAGACGGCCUCCUAGAUUAACACUAGUUAGCAUUCUGUCUGGAAUCCUUGUGCGACUAAGAAGAUCCGUGCAUACUUUAAGGAGGGCACAAUGCCAGGAAGUGACAAUUUCUGUAUUGGAACCGAGCCUGGACAAGGUGUUUUCAAUACCACAUUGAAGGUGCGGUUGGAAGAGAAUGAGGCAUGGAGGGAAAUUGUUCAGAGACUAAGAGAAUUGAGAUUGAAGAGUUGGAAGGCGCACACUUGAGAAGGCUUGGUGUAAUUUUCAAUCAUUCAUUAGGUUUGGCGUUGGUUUCAAGUGGGUUUUCGAGAUUAUUGUUGAACUGAGGUCUUGAUUCUUAGCGAGGCGUCGGUUGCUCGCUAUCCUUAGUCAAUUAGACCAUAUUAGCUGCAAAAGUGCGCUAGUAAAGCUACUAGAAAAU